AAGUUCAUCAACAGAACGGUACUGUUCGUAGUAAACACACUUCUCAUGAUUCGUGCGGCACAGCCGGAGUCGAUCGAGUGAGAAAACCUUGGCAAAGCUGGUUGAUCUCCAACCCGUGCUUCCCCUAAAAGAAAUGGUUUGGUUGCUUCCUUCACUGAUGCCUUCUAGUAAUGGUCGACUCCACCAUUCCAAGCAAGUCCAGAGACCAAUCGCUGUCCGAUUACGAUCAAUUCCUCCCCCAUAUGUGGCUCACCAACACAUAAAUCGAGAGCUUUCUUCACUCCAGCUCCAGGCCACCCACCCAUCUCCGAUCUCCAGAUCCGACCCCUGACAAGAGCAUCAUGCACUCCCCUCGCCGGAAAUCCCCGCCUUCGGAGUCGCCGUUCGCGGUCGCCAAGCUCGCCGGAUCCUACAUCAGAAAAGGCGGCCACCUCCCCGUCGUCGUCGUCGUCGUGACCAUCUUCGUCUUUGCCUUGGUGGUGAUGUACAGCGAGGACAUCAGGUCCAUCGCCGCCGAGUACUCUUUGUCGCGAUUCAAAGCCCGGGGUUACGACCUCGCCCGUGGUAGCAAUGACUCCACCAGCCACCGACAACCUAUGGCUGAGAAAAAGAAGCCUAGGAAGAAGAGAGACGAGAAGAGCGCCAGAUCGGUCGUCAGCGUGCCGGAGUCGUGCGAUCUGUCGGAUGGCGAGUGGGUGUUCGACGAUGUGAACUAUCCGCUCUACCGGGAGGAUCAGUGCCAGUUCCUGUCGGAGCAGGUGUCGUGCCUGAAUAACGGCCGCCGGGAGGCCAUGUACCAGAAGUGGCGGUGGCAGCCCAAGGGCUGCUCCUUGCCCAAAUUCGACGCGAGGCUGCUGCUGGAGAGGCUGCGGGGGAAGCGGAUGAUGUUCGUCGGCGACUCGAUGAACCGGAACCAGUGGGAGUCCUUCGUCUGCCUGCUGCAGACGGCGCUACCGCCGGAGGAGUGGAGCCGCAGGGUCGACGGCUCCCGUUCGAUCUUCACGGUAGAGGACUACGACGCGUCGAUCGAGUUCUACUGGGCACCGUUCCUGGUGGAGUCGAACUCCGACGACCCCGAGAUCCACAGCAUCGCGGUGAGGAUCAUCAAGGCCGAUUCGAUCGAGAAGCAUGCGGUGCACUGGAAGGGGGCGGAUGUGCUGGUGUUCGACACCUACAUCUGGUGGAUGAACACCCCAAAGAUAAAAGUGCUGCGUCCGGGGGCCAAGAACUGGACGGAGCAUGAUGAGAUCGUGAGACGGGAAGCGUACGAGCGAGUUCUGAGGACUCUGUCAAAUUGGGUGGAUCAGAACUUGGAUCCCAACAGGUCGUCGGUGUUCUUCAUGAGCAUGUCUCCUCUCCACAGCAGGAGCACGUACUGGGGCAACCCAGAUGGGAUCAAGUGUGCCAAGGAGACGAUGCCGAUACAGAACAUGACCGGAGUGCGUCUCGGAAUGGACAAGAACUUGUUCGCGGUGGCAAAGAACGUGACGGGAUCGACGGCGCGGGUGCCCAUCACCUUCAUCGACAUCACGACCAUGUCGGAGUACCGCAAGGACGCUCACACGUCGGUGUACACGGUGCGGCAGGGGGAGCUGCUGACGCCGGAGCAGCAGGCUAAGCCGGCCGAGUUCGCCGACUGCAUCCACUGGUGCGUGCCCGGCCUGCCCGAUACCUGGAACCAAAUUCUCUACGCUCGGCUCCUCUCUGCCCGCCCACGCCAAUGAUAGCUUGAUAAAAGAAAUAUCAUAUAGUGGAUCUCAGAUAACUCAGACGUUAGCCGUAAUGUUGGGAAGAAAGAAAAAAAAGUUCUUUAAGCCA